UUUUAUUGUGCUGGAGAAAAGAGGUAUAAUUACAUGGUAGGAUUUUACAGCCCCUUCCUAGGCCUUGGAUUUCCUGCAGUUAAAUUCAAGCACUUGUGUGGUCAUGACCAAACACAUCCCUGUGGUCUACGCUCCUGUUACCGAAACCUAUAAUUUUCGGAGGACAAACAUCCUGGUUUCAGGCUCACAAAGCCAGCCGGAGCUCCCAGAGUCCCCGUCCCGGCUCCCGAUGGACUUCCUGCUGCUCAGCGUCCUCGUGGCGUGGACGUGGCGCUCCCCUUCUCUGGCUGCUCCUUUCACCUACCAGCUGGCCCGGCUCAGCUCCCAGCGGAGCAGCUGCAAGCCCAUCCCCAGCAGCAUGACCCUCUGCCACGGGGUCGGGUACAACGAGAUGCGUCUGCCCAACCUGCUGGGCCACGAGAGCAUGAAGGAAGCUCUGCAGCAAGCCGCCUCCUGGGUGCCGCUGCUCACCAAGCAGUGCCACGGGGACACCAAGAAAUUCCUGUGCUCCCUCUUCGCCCCCGUGUGCAUCAGCGACCUGGAGGAUCCCGUCUACCCUUGCAGGUCCCUCUGCGAGGCGGUGAGAGAUGGCUGCACCCCUGUCAUGGCUGCCUUUGGCUUCCCCUGGCCCAAGAUGUUCAACUGCAGCAGGUUCCCACGGGGGAACGAACUGUGCGUCCCGCUGGCCGGCCCGGACGACCGACUCCAGAUCGGGAAGGAAGACGCAGUGUGCGCAGCCUGUAUCAGCCGAGGGCACAGCGAAAAGGAGUUCCUGGAAAACUUCUGCAGCCAAGAUUUUGCCUUGAAAAUGAGCAUCAAAGCGCUGUCCAGCGCGGACGGAGACUUGAAAGUGACCCCGGAGCUCAAGAGCCGGACCCUCUACAAGCAGGGAGGCUGGUCGGAAGAAGAGCUGAAGAAGCCAGUCCUCUGGCUGACACACGGCGAGACCUGUGCCUGCGAAGAACUCCGCGGGCAGGGGUCCGUGGUCCUGGCCAUGGGCCACAAGGCGGCCGGCCGCUUGGUCAUCUCCUGGGUGAGGAGGUGGCAGCGAGGGGAGAGGGAGCUGAAGAAAUUCACCCGGGCGGUGCGGAAGAUCCAGUGCUAA